UAGAAACUUCAGUCCCCUUGUGGUUUGUUAAUAAUUAUGAACAGGCUUAGUUAUGGCUGUGCUCCUGAACGUAUAGCUGCAGAGAAAAUGGCAUUACUGGAUAUAGGCCAAGUGUUUGGCAUCAUAUGUGUAAUAUUGGUUAUAGCAAUCUCAGCAUGGCUUUACUUCCGUAAAAAUGUGCCGAUGUGUGUAAGCAAAACAGAUUUGACAGGCAAAACUGCUUUGGUAACUGGAGCUAAUAAUGGUAUUGGCUAUUUUACUGCCUUAGAUUUUGCCAAAAGAAAUGCCCGUGUAGUUUUAGGAUGCCGUAACUUAAACAAAGGUGAACAGGCCAGAGAUUCUAUAAUUUCUAGCUCCGGAAACAAGAAUGUCGUUGUUUAUGAAGUGGAUUUGUGCAGUUUGAAAUCCAUACGAAAUUUCACUAAAAAGUUUCUAACAGAGGAGCCACGUCUAGAUAUACUAGUUAACAAUGCUGGUGUUGUUACUGAAGGAAAGCCUAAAACUGUCACAGAUGAAGGACUGGAGACUAUUUUUGCAGUUAACUAUUUUGGUCCUUUUCUGCUCACAAAUUUGCUCUUAGAUUUGAUGAAAAAAUCAGCUCCAAGUCGCAUAGUGAAUCUUUCAUCAGUUGUGAAUAAGUAUGGAACUAUAGACUUUAAUAACUUAAAUGCUGAGAAAUCUUUCAAGCACUAUGAACGUUACUUUGACAGCAAGCUGGCCAUUAUCAUGUUUACACGAGUUUUGGCUAGGAAACUUGAAGGGUCAGGAGUUACAGUAAAUGUGUUACAUCCUGGUAGUGUUGCUACUAAACUUCUGGAUAACCUAAAUUUCUUCAUCCGUGUACCUGUGGCUACUUUCAUCAGGGUAUUUUGUAAGACAGGAGAAGAAGGAGCUCAGACAAGUAUUUACUUAUCUGUUUCGGAUGAUGUUAAGGACAUAAGUGGAAAGUAUUUUGUGGACUGUAAAAUUGAAGAAAAUGAUGUUAAUCCGAUGUCACGAAACAUGGAGAUUGCUGAUAAACUUUGGACGGUUACAGAGGAACUGACUGGUCUUAAGUCAAAGCUUCAGUGAUCAUUUAACUCAUACAUUUAAGUUAAACUCUGUACAAAAGUCAAUGGAAUAGUGUUAGUGUUGAAAUUGACAAUGUUUGCAGAAAGACAGUUUUUUUGACAAUCAUAUUUUAGCUUUGAAAAUAUUAGAUAAAUGUUUUUAUGCAAAUGUAUAUAGCUCAUUUAAUCGAGAUAAAAUGUAAAGAUCAAAUUGUCAGUAUUAAAUGUAGCUUCAGUUAUAAAGCUGCACCCACUGCCAUAAGUAGAUAAGUAAUUUAAAAUAUCUUAGGAUCAAGUAUGAAUGCAACACACAAAUGCAUAUUAUGGCAUUAUAAUUGAAGAGCCCAGUGCUAAAAGUACUUAAGUCACAUUUUUGUGAAAAUCAAACCAAGCAUUGAUCGUUAUUCCUCUAGUUUAACUUUAUCUUAUAAACAAAUAGUGAUACUGAAGAAUUUAUUUAAUUUUCUCUUCCAAACAAACAAAUAAUAUAAAAACGUAAUGUUUCAUAGUAAAUUUUAAUCUUUGAACUCAUUUUUCUCAAAAUGUUGUUUUUGUGACUUAAGUACUUUUAGCACUAAGGUCUUCAAUUUUAAAAGAUUCUAUUGCCCUAAAUUGUGAGUAAAACGUUAACUCCUUUUAGUCUUUACAUGGGAAAAGAAAAGAAAUUUAAAAGCAAACAGAAAUUUGUGAUCAUGGUUAAUGGUUACUUUUAUAGUACAUAUAUCAUUCAAAUUUUUUUAGUAUAACAGCUAUUUUUUUUAAUAAUUUUGUCACAUAAGUCAGGUUAACUCUCCUAAUGCUAUGUAACAAGCCAUAAAUUAUUAAGCAUAAGACUGAACUUUCUUUGUUACAUUCUAUUAAUAUAUCUCAGAACUCUAAAUUUUAGAUUGUAUAAAAUAUUUUUACUUUUGUAGUUUUAUUUAAUAGCCUAAGAAAAUGCUGGUUAUUUCCAUGUUUUUUUAAUUCCAUGUCCUUGUGUUUAAGUGUGGCUAACGCAAAUAUUUGUUGUAAACACCUGCCAAUCAUUUUAUGUGAUGUUUUUACAAUUACAAAUGCUGAUUCCUCCACUGUUAAAGAUUAUUAAACUAUGACAUAUUU